AAAACACCACCACCUGUCCAUGUAGAGCUCAGCAAAAAAGGUAAACCUCGACCGUGACGAGCGGCCACACAAAUUCUGCUGAUUCCAGCAGUAGUCCGUUUUGUCAACACAAACGAUGCGCCUCGCGCCGCAUCGUCAUUCAUCCACCCAUGCGAAUGGCAUUGCACUGUUCACAUCAGUUCCCAUGAAGGAAUGCUACGCUACCUUGGUUGGAGCAAAAAGGUUGCCCAACUUGGAAUCUACCCGCUCGGUUCGGGGUGCCAUGUGACAGUCAGUAUUAGACAGGAGUUCAGAGAGACCGCAAGCCCUUCUACCGGGAGAAUCAUGUGGCUAAAAAGUGCGGCGUUCGUUACGCUGUUGGUGGUGAUUGUGUCGAUAGCAAGCGUCUGUGGAAAAGAGGAGAAUAAUCAGAAGCAAGAAGAAGAAGAACAAGAAGAGCUGCAACAGUCGCCCAGUGUGAUGGUGGAUUCCCAAAAAGUGAUCAACAACAUUGCCCAGGAGUUUGUCUGCUUUUCGGCGAAACCUCGUACCGUGUUUGAAGAUGCGUUGAAUCCGAUUAGUGAAACGACCUUCAAAAUGGCCAAGCAGUUGAGUCCAUCGUACCUGAAGGUCUACGCCGACUCAAGCCAAAUGGAGCUGCAGAUGGAAGCGUUCUCGGUACGAGAAGAGCAAUCCGAACUGAUUCAGAUCACGCCCAAUGGGUGGCGGGCGUUCGACAAGUGGGCACAGGAAGCCGGAAUGGUGCCAAUUUUCGUGUUGGACUACAGCGGAGACAGUUGGAAACCGAACAGUGCCUUGAAAGUGUUAAUGGUCGCCAACUCCUUGGGCAUCACGAACUGUUUGUGGCAAUUGGGGACGGGAAACAUCACAAAUGCUGUUAAGUACGUGGAGGAUCUUCGUGCGUUCAGAGCAAUCACCAAAGCUUUCAAAUACAAAGGAGUUGUAGCCUGUGAUGUUGACCCGAUGACGGUAGGACUUGACCAGACUCGUUAUUUCAAUCUCAAUGUUGAAGAACUAGCGGAUGCGGUGUCAGUCACGUAUGAACAGAAACAGAAUCAGAAACAGCUGAACGAAUUUGUACUCCAGCGGGAGGCGUAUGUUAGAGGACCCAUGCGCUCCCAACUUCCCGUAUGGUUGGAUGUCAAAGCUCCCUCAGCUAAAGUACCCUCUAGCGAGAGUUGUAACGAAAAUUGCCUUCAAGAGGGUCUUCAAUAUGCUACGCUUUUGGGGGAUGCUGCUCGCAAUGGUUUCAACACCGUAUUCAAAACACUUUCACGACAAGAAGUUCAGUCGUAUAGUUUGACCUACGUCAUUGGACUGUUGCAUAAAAGAACUAUCGGAACAAAAGUAUUCGAAGUUUCUCAAAUCUACGAGCAAAAUUUGAAAAUCUAUGCUUAUUGUAGCCGUAACGGAAAUGGAUCACUGUCCCUUAUGGCUGUCAACCAACAAUCCGAAGAUUUGCAGUUUGAAAUGCAGCUUGCAACUAAACAACAAUCUGCUGAAGUACAACAAUACGCGAUAACCGUUGCCGAAGAGGUUAUCCAACUGAAUGAUAGACCGUUCCACUACGAUUCACAAUUGAAACCUUUAGCUAAAACUCGAUCGAUAUCCAAAGGACUACAGUUAUUAAUCCCAGGUCGCGCGAUUGUCUUCUGGGUCAUCCCAAAUCUUAAUUUGCGACAGUGCUAUGAAGACUAUCAAAAUCUCCAAGAGAAAUUUUUCCGCACUGUUUCAGUACAGGAAAAUUCGGUAGACCAGUUGCUGCAGGAACUGAUUGCGGAACGAGCUGAACAGCAACAGCAAGAGCAAGAAAAGCUCGAGCAAAAGAAUCGUCAGAAGCGAUCCGUGAGCACUGAUCAGCUGGAAGGGGAAGUAGGAAUAUCAAAGACCAAACCAAAGACCAAAGAGCAGCGUGGAGUGAAAGCGAAAGGAAAUCGAUCGCCCAGGCAGACUCUGAACUAUCGUCGUAAAGAGCGAACUGUACGGCUGAAAGAGAAGCGAGCGGAACGACGACAUCUGAAGCAACAGAGACGUCCACUGCGAGAACGUGGUAAACGUCAAUCACGGAAGCACAAUCGAUGUGACAACCCGUCGAAGAUCACACCUUCCAAUAAGAAAACGAAGCGAUCGUCGCUGGCGGAAGCUGUCAACCAGCCUCCAACGUUUGGCGACAGCUACGAGGACCAAAUCAAUCGAUCCAGCUUUCCACAGGGAGAUGUUCAUUUGGUGAUUUCCAAAGGAAUUCAAGAAGAUGAUCCAUUAUCCGUAGAACAUGUUCCGAUGAAAGAGAGCCUCAAAAAACGACAGAAGAAGAUUCAGCAGAAAAACCCAGCAGUAGAAAAGGAUUUAAGGUUUUUCGUACCGGAGGUUGCACUCAUAAAAGAUCAAGGAAUCCCUAGGCCAGAGCUGGUAGCAGCAGAGUCCAUCCAUCACGAAAUAUUGCUGAAUGAGCCGGAGCAAAAUACUAGUCAACUAAAAUCCUUGUCAAUCGAUCCAAAUUUAGUGCAAGUUCGGGACAUCCAAGAAGAAAUUAGAGCUGGAGCUCCUAUCGUGAAGCGUGAGAGUUUGGAAGCGGAUGAACAAACGGAUUUGCGUGCAGAAAGAGAUAAUGCAGCCGAAGAAGUAGUCGACGAAGAAGAACAACAAUCUUCAACUAGCGCCAGCGGAGAAGAUAUUGGACCUGCCGAUCACUCUUUGGGAGACUCUCCAGAAGUGGAUCGUUCAGUCAUAUUUUCCGACGAAGAUGACAGCGAAGACUCGUCGGAUGCUUACGAUGAUCUUGAUAGAAGCAAACGCUCUCUGCCUUCGAUGGAACUCACCAAACCAGAGGCAUCAUCUUCGAACAAUACAAAGUGGGCCGAAAGGCUACAGGACUUGAUCAAGUCCUACGGCAAUCUAUCGAAAAGUGAAGCUCGCGUUAAACGCAACGCCUUGCUGCAUCCACGGUCGUGGGAAUCCCGGGCCAAUUUAUUGCGGCAGCAGCGAACAUCCGGCGAGGAGUCCAAGGAGAAUAUGAUUCUUGGCGAUGCCGAUGCGAUGAGGGAAGUUCGAAAAAUUAGAGAGGAUUUGUUGGUAACUGAAAUGGACGAACAGAUUACAACCGAGGUUAACAGAAGACCUACGACGGUAUCUAAGGAAAACGAUUCCGAUCGGUUGACUGUUAUGACAAUGCGAAGUGUGGCUAAAUUUGUCAGAAGUAUGAGCGAUGAGUUUAAUCGAAUGCUAUCCAGAUGGCUGCCGAAGUCUAAGGAGAAGUUGUCCGCCUAGGUUAGAUGUGACAAAUCUAUGCUUUUGUUUGAGUGGAUAAAAA